AUGGAUGUAGUAACAGCAGCCUUAACCCUGAGAGAACAUUUGGUGUCUCUACAGGCCAGCGACAACAACAUAGCAGCCAUGGACUGUCACCUGUCAGAGCUGGGUGGAGCGUGUCUGCGAGCAGAGAUGCAGGUGAACCAGUACCGGCAGCUACAUCUGCUCCUCCGUCUAUGCGUCUGUGAGGGUGUACAUACCAUGUUCACCACAUACUCCACCAGGAAAUGGGCUCAGGUGCAGUCCACAGCCAAGUCCCAGCUGGAAGCAGAUGACAGUGAGCUGAUGACAUCACCAGUGACAUCAUCACCAGCAGGUGGCAGCACAAGGCCUGACAAGGCAGCAGCAGUCUGGGCCAGCAUGGACUCCACCAUGUAUAGGACUGAAUAG